UGGUGCAGGUUGUGUUCACAAAACUCUCCACCCAAACCACAAUGCUUCUUCUUUCUCCUCCUCAUUCUCUUCUCCUCCCCUUCUCUCGCUCCACCAGCUUCCAUGGCCGCAGCACGGAACCACAGCGUCUCAGAUUCAGAAUCUUCGCUAACAAAAGUGAAAGCCAGAGCAACGACAACAAGGAUUCCCCGGCUUUUAACCCCUUUGGCUUCGUUACCGAUAAUCCUUCCAGUCGAAGCGCCAUCCAGCUCCCCGAAGUUCCCGCCGAGGACGGAAAUGUUGGCCAAAUGCUUUACAGGAUAGAAGACAAGGGGAAAGAAUUUGGGUCUUAUGUCAAAUCCGGAAAGUUUAGAUGGUUUGUAAGGAAAACUGGAUCGGCUGAGAGCCGACGUGGAACCAUUGUCUUCCUUCAUGGCGCUCCAACUCAGUCUUUUAGCUAUCGGAUUGUUAUGUCUCAGAUGUCAGAUGCUGGAUUUCACUGCUUUGCUCCUGAUUGGAUAGGAUUUGGUUUCAGUGACAAGCCACAGCCAGGAUAUGGUUUUAACUAUACAGAGAAGGAGUUCCAUGAGGAAUUUGAUAAAUUACUUGGCACGCUUGGGAUCAAUUCUCCUUUCCUCCUUGUUGUUCAGGGCUAUUUAGUAGGUUCAUAUGGAUUGACCUGGGCCUUGAAAAACCCAAGCAAGAUAUCAAAACUUGCAAUACUGAAUAGUCCAGUAACAGUUUCAUCUCCCCUUCCUGGACUAUUUCAAAAGCUAAGGAUCCCUCUCUAUGGUGAAUUCACCUGCCAGAAUGCCAUUAUGGCUGAGCGGUUUAUUGAAGCAGGUAGCCCAUAUGUUUUGAAGACUGAGAAGGCUGAUGUAUACAGAUUACCAUAUUUGUCAAGCAGCGGACCUGGAUUUGCUUUGCUUGAAGCUGCAAGAAAAAUUAAUUUCAGAGACAUCUCAAGCCAAAUAUCAGCUGGCUUUGCAACUGGAAGUUGGGAUAAGCCAGUGCUACUUGCUUGGGGAAUAUCAGAUAAGCACCUACCUCAGUCUGUUGCAGAGGAAUUCCAGAAAGGAAACCCCGACGCCAUCAAACUCAAAUUAAUAGAAGGUGCAGGGCACAUGCCACAGGAGGACUGGCCGGAGAAAGUUGUUGAUGCCCUGAAAGUAUUUUUCUAAAUUAAAGUGUGCGUGCUUAGGCCUCGUCUCAUAUCAGACACAGGCAGUUCAUGUUGGCAUCGUCCCUUCAAAACCGUUUAGGCCUGCUAGUAGUCUAUUGAAUUCACUAAUUGUUAAUUGUUUAUAAAUAUGUAUAUAUACCCAUUGUUUUAACAUGAAUGUAUAUGUAAGUUUGGCAUUGGAUGAUGCCCUGCAGUUUUCCAAGGAAUAGAAUAUUGUUAUCCUUGUAAUGGAUAAGCAUUCCUCAGGUGAUUGUGGUUUGA